AUGACGAUUUCAGGGAUCAGAAGUUCAGGGUUCUAUUUAUCUUUCGCCUACAACUUCAGGUGGGACUCGGUGCGCUCGGCGUGCCGGGACGAGCUGCUCGGCAGAGGAACGGGGCGGCCUUGCAUCCUGUGCCGCGACCCUAGCUACCGCCGGUGCAGCUUCACAGAGGGCUUGGUGGAGUCUCUCCGCGUGGCGUGCCCCAACGCGGCCCACGGCUGCGAUGCCACGCCGGCCUACUACGACCUGCAAGCGCACCGGAUGGCCUGCACCCACGCGCCGGGCACGUGCUGCCCCGUGCGCGGCUGUGUCUUCGUCGCCGCAAUGGCGGAGCUUCCUGGACCACUUCACGUGCACGGGUGGCCGCUCACCACCGAGGAGCGCGCUGGGAAGAGCUUCGACAUCGUCCUUCGUGACGGCUUCAAGGUCGUCGCCACGGCCGUCCGUGACGGCGGCAACCAGCAGCACCUGCUCCUGCUGAACGUGGCGAGGCAGCCGUUCGGCCGCACGAUCUCUGCGGUCUGCAUACAUCCUCAGCCCGUUGCCGUUGAGUCAUGGGCAGCAGAGGUGCCCGUGACCAUGACGGUGGAGCUCGAGAUCCGCUACUGGGCCGCACGCCAUUACCAAGAAUCUGAAUUCAACGUGCCUUUCGUCGAUCUCACCGAUGGGCUCCCAAAAGACUCGUUGCCGCAGUUCGUCGUGCCCAAGACUGUUCACCCAGGCGACGAUACUACUAUCCUUGUUACAGCCUACAUCACCAUCAAGUAG